CAAUUGCGUGAUAUCACUUACUUAUCUUAUGCUUUAUCACAUAUUUUAUUUUAAGAGGAUUAAAACUUAAGUAACAAUAUUUAAGUACUUGAUUAGAGUAUAGAAAUAGAUGCAAUUGCAUGAAUAAAUGAUAAGAAAUUAGUAAAGUCACGCGACAACGGUGGGUGUCUAUAACAUAAACAUUAAAUCAGUUAUAGUAUUGCGCCGGCACGCAAAAAUACAUAUUAACAGUUAUUGAGAAACUGAUCGGUAAAUAUUGCCUCACGAAACAAAAGCGAAGCGAAACCGGUUGAUCCUCAGAGUUCAGACUACUUUAAUCUGAAAUCAUCAGUUGAACGAUGAGUGCCUUAAACACCAAACAUUGCGUGCUCUUUUUCUUGCUGGCCAUCUCGCCUAAUCCUCGUGCUAAGCGUGGAAGCGGUGGAUUCUGGAACAGGAUUAGUAGUUUACUGGACGUGGACGUUUCUCUCUCCGAUGUCAAAUUUUACUACUACAAUCAACAGAUUAGAGACAAUCCGACCGUUAUUAAUCUAGAAGAGUUUGAUGGCAAUGUGUCCACCAUCUUGGAUCCUACACUACCAAGUUAUUUUAUUUCCCACGGGAGUGGCGACUCAUACAGUGGUAUGAUAAGUUUUAAGAAUUUAAUUCUUGAUCUGGAAGACGCUAAUGUUUUCCUUGUGGAUUGGAGUAAACACGCAGCGAUGUUUUACACCAUAGUGGUGACGUGCGUGCCGAAAUUGACCGCUAUUAUGGGCGAGGCAGUGGACAAAUACAUGGUUAUUAACAAUAUCCCUUAUGAUAAUAUCAAAUUGAUUGGGCACAGUUUAGGUUCGCACGUUGUUGGCGGUAUUGGAGCACACCUAAAAGGAAAAGCUAAUUAUAUAAUAGGACUGGACCCGGCAGCUCCAUUAUUCCAGAAUGAAGCGCCUGAAAAUCGCCUGGAUUCUACUGAUGCGCAGUAUGUGCAGAUUUUGCAUACGAAUGGUGGUUUCCAGGGUAUGAUGAAGUCUAUAGGUCAUGCUGAUUUUUACCCUAAUGGCGGAGGUAUGAGUCAACCAGGGUGCGGAUCUGAUUUGUUUGGUUCCUGUGCGCAUGCUCGAGCGACAGCUAUUUUUCGAGAAUCCUUGAAAACAGGUGGAUUUUGUGGUAGGAAUUGUUCGAGUUAUGAGGAGUAUAAAAAUGGCAAAUGCGAUGAUAACAGCGUAUCAUAUUUCGGGACGAUAUCACUGGACAAGACUGCGCAAGGUUCAUUUUAUUUCGACACCAAUGCCAAAUCGCCAUACGCGACAGGAAAAUGUUGAUAAAAGUGAUUACUUGAUUAAAUGAUCGUACGAUUCCUAUUUUUUGUAAUUAAGGAUAUAAAAUAAAGAGCAUCGGAUGAUUCUGAUCACUUUAAA